CGAUACUAUCUAACGCACUAAUAACUGAAUACAUAGUGUGACGUAGUGUCUCCCUCUUGGUUUUUGAUAACUGUUUAGUACUUAUGAAAACAAGUUUGGUGGUGAACAAAAAAAUAUUUGUUAGAAUAAUGCCAGACGGGCUCUCAAAGAAAAUUGUAAAAGUUGUUGUGUUAGGAGAUAUUGGGCGAAGUCCACGUAUGCAGUAUCAUGUCUUAUCUCUUGCUAGCAGCGGUCAUAAAGUAAAUGUCAUUGGAUACUGUGAUACACAACCUCUUGCAGAGUUAUCGGGAAAUAACGACGUCGUUGUUACAGAACUGAAACCCGUAUUAUUUAAUAAAGGACCUAAGAUACUUCAGUAUGCUGUUAAAGCUAUCUGGCAAGCUCUAAGCUUGUUAAUUACAUUAUUCGUUACUGGAAAGUGUGAUUAUUUACUUUGUCAAAAUCCCCCAGCCAUACCAACACUGCCAGUGUGCCGUUUCUACUGUUUAGUUACUAGGACUCGCUUCAUUAUUGACUGGCAUAACUAUGCUUAUUCUAUCAUGGCUUUAUCAAUGCAUCCUAAACAUCCUUUAGUGAAAAUAUCUAUGUUUAUUGAGAGAUUUUUUGGUCAAUCAUCUGACCAUAAUCUUUGUGUUACUAAUGCCAUGAAAGAAGAUUUAUUACAGCAAUGGAACAUUGUUUCUAAAGUCCUUUAUGAUAGACCACCAAAAAUAUUUCAUCCUAUUGCAAUUGAAGAUAAACACAUGUGGUUUGUUAAGAUUAGUCAACAGUAUCCUGAAUUCAGAACAGUAGGAUUACCUCCUGUAGAACAAACUGAGGUGACUGCAACUGCUUUUACACAAUCUAUAGGAAAUCGGGUUACAUUGAGAAAGGAUAGGCCAGGGCUUUUGUUUAGCAGCACAAGUUGGACACCAGAUGAAGAUUUCACUGUAUUAAUGGAUGCUCUUCAAGUUUAUGAGACAACUUACAACCUCAGCAAAAAAUUGCCCAAGUUGUUAUGUGUGAUAACUGGUAAAGGUCCAUUGAAGGAGUUCUAUAUGCAACAGUUGUCAAGAAAACAAUGGCAACAUGUCAAAGUGGUGACACCUUGGUUGGAGGCUUGUGAUUAUCCUAAAAUGGUCGCUAGUGCCGACUUAGGAGUCUGCCUACACACUAGCUCAUCUGGUUUAGAUUUACCAAUGAAAGUUGUUGAUAUGUUUGGAGCUGGAUUGCCAGUGUGUGCAUUUGAUUUUAAAUGCUUACAUGAACUAGUUGAAGAUGGCGUGAAUGGAUACACAUUUAGCAAUAGUGAUGAGCUAUCUAAACAGAUUGUGAGAUGGUUUGAAGAUUUCCCUAGCAAUGAGAAGCAGAAUAGGAUUUGUGAAGAGAUGAAGAAUGAAUUAGACAAAUUCCAAAAAUCUCGAUGGGAAGACAAUUGGAACUUGAGAGCAAAAGAGUUUUUUGAAUGACAAAUUAUUUGACAUGCUUUAUAAUAUAAGGGACCAAGUGAUGUAAAAUUAAAAUAAAUGUGUCUUGAUAUAAAAAAAAACUCCUUUUUCAUAAUUUUAAUUUUUAUAAAAAUUAUUAAUAUGUAACUUCAUACACUGCAAUUUUAACUGCACAUAUGGUUGCACUUAAACUAAUAGUCUUUCUAUUUCUUGUUGAAUACUUUCAAUUUGUGGAGACAAUUGUGAACCCUCAUUAAUUGUAAUAGAACAGGCAAUAAUUGGCCGGGAGACACCACAUGCCCUGCCCAAAGCUUGCUUGGAUCUCACAAACACAUAUGGCACAUUUUUGUCCUCACAUAGAAUUGGAAUGUGUAAGACUAUUUCCAAAGGUUCAGUAUCAGCUGCCAUAAUAAUAAACUCUGAAAGACCUCGAUUCAAAGUCUUAGUAGCCUCAUUGGCACCUUUACGCAACUGCUUAUAGUUUGAAGCUUGUUGCACCAGAUUCAGAAUUUUCGCAGUCAAGGGUGCGUCUGCUAACGGAUACGCUUUUGGAUUAACUGCAGCUUCAGUUUCAGUCUGUAAAUAGGAAAAAAUUUAUUAUCUACGUGCUAAAUAUGAAACAAACCUCUCGGCGAUUAAAUCGCUUCACUGAGGAAUUCUACUAUCUUUCAGUUUGGUUUUAGUUGCAAACAAAAACUGCAACAAGGCAAGGUACAGUAAUCCACUGAUUAACAAUAUAUUGCUAGCUACAGCAAUCGAAAGACGAAAACGCUUGUAUAAACACACAGACGUAUAAACACAACGCGCU